AUGCUAAGAUCUAUCUCCAAUACUGCUAGUCCUGCUGCUCCUCGAAGCAGAAUUUGUGUUUCCAGCAAACACUUAUUUACCAACAACUACAACUACAACUACAACUACAACUACAACUACUACAGCACCAUGGCCAGCACUGCUACAUUAUCCAACUUGUACGCCAAACCAGAAACAGUCCAAAGGUUAUAUCGCUUUUACUCCUCCUUUGAACCAGCACAAAAACUCUCCAUAAAAGACAUAAACCAACAAACAGUGGAGGCAAAGUACGCAGUAAGAGGCAAGAUACCAAUCAUUGCCGAUGGACUCCUGGAAAUAAUUAAGAAAAACCCCGUCGACCACGGCCUCCCAUUUAGCAAAAUCAUCAAUGCCAAUAUCGGAAACCCCCAACAGUUGGACCAAAAACCAUUGACCUGGUAUAGACAAGUUAUGUCAAUCUUGCAGUACCCAAACUUGCUAGACAUGAAUGUCGAUUUCCCCCAAGACGUUCAAAAAAGAGCCAAAACAAUAUUGGACAAUAUUGGCUCCCUCGGCGCAUACUCACACUCCCAAGGCUCCCCUUUUAUCAGACAAUCAAUUGCAAACUUUAUCACAGAGAGAGACAAUGGCACUCUCCCGGCAAACGCUAACAACAUUUUUUUGACCUCGGGCGCAUCAACCGCAGUCUCAUACUUGUUGCAAAUAUUGUCAAAAGACCAGCAAUCUGGCUUUCUAAUCCCCAUCCCACAAUACCCAUUGUACACUGCAAGCAUCGCCUUGAAUGAUGCAAAACCUAUUGGAUACUACUUGGACGAAUCAAACCAAUGGGCUACAAACCACGAAGAGAUUCGUCAAUUGAUUACCCAAAACAAAUCCCAAGGAGUCAAUAUAAAGGCACUUGUGGUUAUCAACCCCGGUAACCCCACCGGCGCUGUCUUGGCCCGCGACGAAAUGAAGGCCUUGAUUGAUAUCUGUGCCGAACACGGCAUUGUCUUGAUUGCCGACGAAGUGUACCAAGAAAACGUCUUUGACGGCAAGAAAUUCAUCUCAUUCAAACGCGUAUUGGGAGAACUACUCGAAAAAGACUACAACCUGUAUAAAAAUGUACAGUUGGCUUCAUUGCACUCAACUUCAAAAGGUGUUAGUGGAGAAUGUGGCCAACGUGGUGGCUACAUGGAAUUGGUGGGCUUUAGCGACGAUGUAAAAGAUGUCAUAUUCAAGUUGGCAUCCAUCAACUUGUGCUCACCCGUUUCGGGACAAGCCAUGGUGGAACUCAUGAUUAACCCACCAAGAAAAGGCGACGAGUCGUAUGACUUGUACAAACAGGAAACAGGCGAAAUAUUUGACGACUUGAAAGAGAGAGCCAAUUACCUCUAUGAGGCAUUUACCGGAAUGGAGGAUAUCGCAGUAGACAAGCCAGAAGGAGCAAUGUACAUAUUCCCCCGUUUGGACUUUGACCCAACAAAGUACCACAAACUAUUCUCAAGAGCCAGAAACUCCAAUUUGCUUAUCGAUGACGUAUAUUGUAUCGAGUUGUUGGAAAAUACGGGUAUAUGCUGUGUUCCUGGAAACGGAUUUGGCCAGAAACCUGACACUUUCCAUUUAAGAACCACAUUCUUGCCCCCUGGAAAAGAAUGGAUCGAGCACUGGAGCGAUUUCCACAAAGCAUUUGUUAAAAAGUAUAAAGAUGUUUAG